CCCAACUCUCGAUAGAGGCUCGCGUGCGUGUCGCGACCCUUCUACGAAACGAUAAAUUAUUUGAUCUGCUAAAGUCCUUCUGAAGUGUUAAGUUUCAUAAGACUUAAGACUGCUAUAAAAGUAUUAUCAAAAUUUAAAGUGACGUAAGAGUUUUGUAAUGUCAGUGAAGUGCUAUGUGAUUGGUUUACAAUGGGAAGGUGGCGGGGAUAACACAGUGUUGAUGGGACGAAGUGAUACAUAGUGUUUCCGUGUCCGCUGUCAAAAAAAAACCCAACCAUGGAUAAAAUGUCAGCAGCAGGUUCAGCGGUGGCGAUGAUAGGAGCAAAUCUCCGGUUCGGUUCAGCGGGUGCAACGAACGCUUCAAUUGUGAACAACACUCGGCUGUGUCCGCCCGGAGGCGCUGCAAGCGCUACAGCGCUCCUGGCGUUAUCGAGUCUCGGCAUGUCUGCGAAUAUAGCUCUUAUGGCUGUUAUACUGAGCAAGAAGCAGUUGCGAAGAUGGUCGCACGGUCUUCUCUUCCAUCAAGCAGUAGUGGACUGCGCACGAGCAGCCAUUCUUCUUCCACUCGGUAUUGCUGUACUCAGAUGUCAACCAGUCUACAAAUGUUCGUUGGUGGAAACCGCCUUUCUAUUGCUGGUGACGGUGUCCACUGUAAAUAUGUUGACGACAGUUCUAAAUGACAGCCCAAUUUUCCCGGAAAAUGAAGAGGAGCAAGCAGAUUUGUCCGCACCCCUGCUGAUGGAUAGCCCUCAAUGCGUCCUUUUCGGUACAUUCAUGAUAUGGUUUGCUUCAAUAACAAUAAACCUGGGACCAACAUUCCUGUCUGGAGCAUUAGCUGCGAGCGCUGGGUCUUAUAGCUCCUACGGACCUUCACCGUCCUGUCCUUUAGUACGAGGGCCCUUCAGACAUUAUGUCCUUAAUGCUCUCUGGAUAGGCGUCAACGCUGUGUGCGUGGGAUUGACGCUGUUCCACUUGAAGAAACUACACCGGGACCUUACUAAGACUGUAGAUGGGUCUCUCGCUGAUGGCCAGUGCCGCCCAACAUCAAGUGCAAAUCUUCCACUGGGAGGUGGCAGGAGACUCAGGGGAUACCUCGCAAGAGUUGAGCGAGAAGGUGUGCGCCGCGUGAGGAUGUUCCUGGUGAUAACUGCUGCUUAUAUACUGUUCUGGGGUCCACUGUUCAUCAUUACUCUGCUUCAUCACCCAGCGCUAACUUCACAUGUCGCAUAUGAGCUUUACUUUCAAAUAACGUUACACAUAUCGUACGUCCAUGCCGCUGUCAACCCGCUGAUGUUUCUCGCGCUCCACCGAGCACUGCGCCGGGCUGCUCUGCAGCUAUGCUGUGGAUGCUGUGUGCAUUGGAGCCAGUUCGUACUAGCCCUCACGGCUGCUGCUCAGUCCCCGCUCGCUCCAGCAUCAUUCUCGCCGGCUGCUGCAUCACCUGAGCCUCCCCCGGCGCCGCCGCCCCCGCUGGCUCCCCCGGCUCCCCCCGGGCCGCCGUUGCACUCCAACCCACACACGAUGAUGAGCUGGGAGGUUGAGGAGUGUGAUGCUGAGAGUAUGUCGAGUGCGCGUGUGCAGGGAGACGAGGAUAUGAUGGAGUGGACCAGCAGUGCGCGUAGACCCCGCAGCCCGCAGUCGCCGAGCCCCUUGCUUUCCGCGAUCUGAGCUGAGCAGCCGAGGCACCAUCGGCGUCUCCUGGACUAUAGUGCUGUGGAAUAUGGUGUUUACAGACAUACUACGAACACUGGAACCGAGUAUCAAGAUAAAUACUAGCUCUAUAUUUAGAUUUAUAUCAAAUAAAAUUGUACAAUGUAAAACACUGUGUAGGUACUUAUAAUAUGUAGUCCAUAACGAACUUAAUUUAAAAAUUUCAUAAAUAUUAAUAGCUCUACAAAAAUUCAACAAACAUUUCACUUUACUCGAGAUAAAAGACACUUUAAGUAUACUUGGCAAAUACCAACACAUGAAGGAUAAUAAAGCAAAUAUUUCUCUUUAUUUUUAAAUGACAAUUACUCCAAAUUAUCAUGCAAGUACAAUAUAAGUCAAACGUCAAAAGUUACUGCCAUGUUUGUUUUUAUUCAUUCCUCAAGUGUUUUGAAUAAUGACUUUUUUCGUUAUAAGACACUUCGACAUUAUAGAAAUAUUUAAAUAAAUUAUUGUGAUUUAUGUUCAAAUAGUCAAUUUUAGAUCGUAGUUUAUAUUAAGUAUUCCAAUUAAAUAAUAAGUCAAAUCCUAUUAAUAGUACAAGUUCUAUUUAAUACAUAAUUAUUUAAAUUAAUUCGUAGGCACUAUCAAUAAAUUGUACUUAAUUAUAAUUGUAUUAUAUUAAAUUAUUAUACAAUAAAAACAUGUAAAUAUUAUCUUUAUAAUUAAAGAAAAAUGUAAUUUAACUAAUCAUAAUAUAUUUACAUAUUGUAAAGAAUAAUUUAGUCAAUAAAUUGUUUAGAGACUUUUUAAUCAAGUUAUGUUGGAAUGAUAUUUUUCUGUUGUAUUGAUGAAUUUAGAUUUGAUUUUUCUAUCUUUAUAACACACAUCCAUGAUCCAAAUUUACUCCCCCUAUAUCCGUAAGAAUAAUGGCAUAAGAUAAACGCUUCAAAAGUAAAAUUAAAUGACACUUCCACGCUAGUUGACAGCUGUUAGGCCAUCCACAAUCGAUGACAGUCUGAAUUUUAGAGUAUCAGAAACACGUACAUAGCGAUCUGUAUGCUUUCCCUAAUGGUGUAGAGAGCCAUUCGAGAUUCAUAGAGAUAAUCCGCUUCUAAAGCUGAGAAGCUUCAUGAGAAUUAGUGGCUUACUGCAUGCUGAUCGCGUUCUGUGUGGCGUUGUCGUUCGAAAUAGAAAACUCGUUAGCGUUUUAAGCAUAAAUGGUAAACAAACGCAUGCGCGCGCUCUAUUCCUCCGUUUUGUGCCUUCCUCGAUGUUACUUAUAUGACAUUUUUUUUUAAUAAAAAUAAGGGACAAGCCGAGCUGGACAUUCAGCUUAUGGUAAUUGAUGCGCCCUGCCCAUUACAAUGCAGUGCCGCUCAGGAUUCUUGAAAAAUACAGAAAUUCUGAGUGGCCGCACAAUUGCGCUCGUCACCUUGAGACAUACGAUGUUUAGUCUCAUUUGCCCAGUAAUUUCACUAGCAACGGCGCCCUUGAAACACGAUAAUGUUUACACAGUAUUGCUUCACGGUAGAAAUAGGUGCCGUUGUGGUACCCAUCAUCUAGCCGACAUCCUGUGCAAAGGAGCCUACCACUGGUGAAAAAAAAAAAGAUAUCUUUUUGUACAGUUUAUUUAAUACACAUGUGACUUUAACAAAGUUACUCAUGGCGAAGUAUGGUUCUAAUUUCAUUAAUAUAUUCCAUUAUCAAAGACAUAUAUAUGUAAUAUCUGAAAUGGUAAGCAAAUUCUCAGUGAGUUACUAUAUUUUCCAUUUUACUAAAUAAUAUAUAUGUUGCAGAAUGAUUUGCAUUUAAUUUAUGGGAAGAUUAUGUAGUAACAUUAAAGUACAUAAAUUAAGUAUAUUAUAUGAUUCAGAAUUUUAAGGUGAAAUUAUUGAAAUAAAACACAUAAUAGUUUAGAAUUAUAAUUAUAAUAUAUUUAUUAUGAUGUUAUGAAUAAAAAUAAUCUAUUUUACUAGACCUAGAACACAAAUUAAAACUCUAAAAUAAUGUUUCAAAGAGUUGAAAAGGAAAAUAUAAAAUUUAUUGAUAUAAAUGAAUAGAAAGUGUAAGUGUAAAAUAACUUAAACUCAAUCUAUAUAUUUUUUGAAUAUACCAAUACCUAAUUAAAUUUAAAAGUUCCAUCCUAAAGCUGUUGAAGUAGCUUAUAAAUGUUUAUAAGAGUAUUAUUAAGAAAUCCUAAACAAUUGGAUUUUUGUAGGAUAAUAUCUUUAUAUGUUAAUCCAAUGUCCUGAUGUAUGCUUCUAGUGAACUGGUAAAUUAUUGAACAGAUUUUAAUAGGCAUUUCUUCAUGGAGUGCAGCUUAGUCCAACUUGAGAGAUAGAAUAGAUUUUAUUUGUAUUUGGAAGCCAUAAUUUUUAUUUCCAAUAUUUGUUUUGUAUGGACAUAUUUUGUAUGAGAUAAUUUAUUGACAUACAGUUUGACAGUUCUGCUGUGAAACACUUUUAUUAUAACAACAGGGAGCAUAUUUUACGAAAUAAUUCAACAGUAAGUAUUUUAUUUAUUAUGUACAGAUCUUCUGUCAGGUUAGUUGGUUAUUAUGUAAAUAUUGAAAUAUUUAAAAAUGAUAAUAUUAGUGACAAUUGAUCAUUUUUGUAUUUAUUUAUUUUGUAAAUAAAACAGGCCUUUUAGAAGCACCAAUUUAAUAUUAUAUUUCAAUAUUAUAUUGACAGCAUAAUUAUUCCUUACCUUAUAAAUAAAUCAGAAAAUAUUUAGAUCCUAAUUUCACAUAUCUCUAGAUAUAUAUAAGCUCAAUUAUACACCUGCAUAUUUUCAUUUGUAAAUUAAGAAAAAAAUAAAAUAAAAUGAUUUAUUAUACACCUGCAUUAUUCAUUUGUUAAUUAAGAAAAUAAUUAAAUAAAUGAUUUUUUUUAACGGGAUUGAUUAGAUAUUCAAUAAUAUCUGGCUAAAACUGUUUUGCACUGCAAUUAAAUAAGUUUAAAAGUAGUUAAGCACAAAAAUAUAAAUUUAAAUGGUAAAUUAUAAUAUAAUUUUUAUUAAUAGUACUGUGUAUAUGUUUCGCAAAUAAAGUGUAACCAUUUAUAAUAAUUUUUCGUUUCGUUUAACUAGAAAAUGUAUUUUAAAAACUCAAGACUGAUUUUCCUAAUUUACGACCGUAAAGUAGUAAUUAGUAAUAUUUUUAUGUAAAUCAUAAAUUUAACAUUCCAGGUAUAUUAAUUUGCUUAAAAAUUGUAAUCAUUUUACAUUUUACGAAUUUAUUGAAGCCAUUGAAUGUUUUUGUCAUUGUGAA